UCCCGGUCGUCUGAGCGAAGCUCCUCUUUCUGCCGCGGUGACCGGGCGUGAACUCAUAUAACCCAUCUGACAAAGUCUUACUGACAAUGGACGACUCAGUGCCUGAUACCCCCGUCAGUGACAAAAAGGUCAUUCACAAUACUCCCCCCGGGAAAGAAGAGGAAGGAUAUGAGACCGUCGCCACUGUUCCGCUGCCGAACUUUCAGCCACCUGCAACCCUGUCGCUGACCCCGGCGACCCAGCGUCUAACACAGCCGACUCAGAUCUUAGAACAGCCGUAUUCUGUGAAAGGCAAUUCGGUCAUACAAGUCGCUGCGUCUUCCCCUCCCGGCCCGACAUCGUCUCCUUCUCGCCCUGCCUUCCUCGGCGGUCGUCUUGCUAGCGCAAUGGCCCCCAGCGGUACCCAGUUCCGCCCCCCAGCGGUAGGCCCUGCGAAGCGUGCGCCGGUGAUCGAUCUUGAAGAUGAUGGUCCAACAUACCGUGGAGGAUCGUCUGACGAGGACGUUACCAUGAUAAGCAGCACGGAUAUUCAGCCGUCCUUGUUUGCCAAAUCUGCGCGGAGCCCAGACAAAGUCCUGGACUCUCCGGUAAGCGCAAACAGUUCUUUCGACCGAUUUAGAGCGAUCACCGCAUCUGCUAUCUACAACCCUUCGAGUGCAAAACGCCCUGCAGCACAAAUGGAUCCUGUGCCGAAAGGGACUGCGGUCAAGAAACUUCGGCAGGAUGGCCCCUCCCGCGCGCAGCCUGUAGAGCUGAAUAUCUCGUCUUUACAGGAUAUCGACGACUACCAACUUAGGAUCAAGGUGGAGAGGAUGCGAAGAGUGAUGCCGCAGAGAUCCAUUAAAGCUUGCAUGCAAGCGCUCCUAAUGAAUCGCGGAAAUUACGAUGAUGCUUUAGAUCAUUUGGCCAAUACCGAAGAAUACGACCCAAAUGGAAGAGUCGACCUUUCGGACGAUGAGUUGGCUUUGAACAAAAGAACCUCUCCCGUUGCGCCGGCAAAACAGCAGAUCAAAGCUCGAGGAAAAAUUCAGGAUAAAUGGGCUGCGAUGCGCCCGGAAAACCGAAUCGUUCCGAAGGCACAUGCGCAACUGCCUGACGAAGAUUCCAAACCAAGAAGACGUUUAAUCAGAGGGCCAAAGUCUCGUGUGUCCUCUCCGAGCCCAGAUCGCUCCGAGACUCCUCCGAAAAAGAAGCCCAGCCGAUUGAUCCAUGGGCGUAAACAACCGUCACCCGAACCUUCAGAACCCGAGGCAUCCAUGUCCGAUGACUCCGACUCCGGUGUAGAAGCUGUUCCAGAAGGUGAUGGCGCAUUGGAAACAAAGCUUCUCAGGUUCUUCAAUACUUGCGAUGUCCUUGAUCUUGCAGACAUUGCCGCAACCACCGAAGAUGUUGCGAGGAUUAUAAUCUCUAAUCGGCCUUUCGCAUCAUUGGAUGAAGUGCGCGCUGUCACUGCUCCUACGACAGAACAAACUGCGAAGCCAAAGGGUAGCCGGGGUCGUAAAACCCCCAAGCCAAUUGGCGAUAAAAUCGUGGAUAAAUCCAUGGAUAUGUGGGUUGGAUACGAAGCCGUUGAUUCGUUGGUCGCGAAAUGCGAGGCACUCGGAAAGCCAAUUGCAUCGGAAAUGAAGAAAUGGGGUGUCGACAUCUUUGGCAAGCGUGAUGGGGAAUUGGAGCUAACUUCGAUUGACCCUGGAGCAUCGCACGAUUCUGGCAUUGGAACUCCUUCCAGCCAACGUUCAGAGGAUGAUAGCGAUGGCCCUGCAAUUGGUGCCCGCAAAAAUCGAUUCAUAUCUCAGCCUGGUAUCAUGCGCGAAGACUUAAAGAUGAAAGACUACCAAAUUGUCGGAAUCAACUGGCUGUCAUUGCUCUUCGAAAAAGAGUUGAGCUGUAUUCUGGCGGACGACAUGGGUCUUGGGAAGACUUGUCAAGUCAUCGCUUUUUUGGCUCAUUUGUUUGAGAAAGGUAUCAAGGGACCACACCUUAUCGUCGUGCCUUCAUCUACGAUCGAGAACUGGCUCAGAGAGUUCCAAAAAUUCUGUCCAACACUUUCCGUCAUGCCGUACUACGCUGGUCAAGCUGAACGAGCAGUGAUUCGAGAAACUAUUGAGGACAACAGGGACAGCAUCAAUGUUAUUGUUACCACAUAUACGAUUGCGAAAGCCAAGGUGGACGCACACUUCCUGCGCAACAUGGACUUCACUGUUUGUGUCUACGACGAAGGUCAUAUGCUCAAGAGUUCUACGUCUGUUCUUUACGAGAAAUUGAUCAGAAUCCCCGCUCGUUUUAGGCUUCUUCUGACCGGCACACCACUACAAAAUAAUCUGCAAGAGCUCGCCUCUCUACUGGGCUUUAUCCUUCCAAAGGUUUUCCAGGAGCGCAAGGAGGAACUUCAGAAUAUUUUCUCAAACAAGGCAAAGACCGUCGACGAAUCUCAUUCCGCGUUACUUUCUGCGCAGCGCAUCGAAAGAGCGAAAUCAAUGCUUAAACCUUUUGUAUUACGACGAAAGAAACACCAGGUCAUUGAUUUACCCGCCAAGAUCUCUAAAGUUGAGUAUUGCGAAUUGAAUGAGUCCCAGAGGGGUAUUUACGAACACGAGCAAGAAGAGGUUCGUAAGCUCUUAGCCGACCGAGCAGCUGGAAAGAAGACAGGCAAUAAGUCUGCCAAUAUCCUGAUGAAACUACGUCAAGCAGCGAUCCAUCCAUUGUUAUACAGACGCCACUACAAUGACACUACUUUGAGCCGUAUGGCCAAGGCUUGCCUCAAAGAGGAGCAAUGGUCUCUGUCAAAUCCGGACAUCAUCUUCGAAGAGCUGCAAGCAUAUAAUGACUUCGAAUGCCACACUAUGUGUGUGAACAAUCCCAAAUCACUUGGGAAAUUUGCAUUGAAGAACAAUGAAUGGAUGGACUCGGGCAAGGUUGAUAAACUUUGUGACCUGCUGAAGCGAUUCAAGGAGAACGGUGACCGCACCCUGAUCUUCUCCCAGUUCACUAUGGUAAUGGAUAUCCUUGAACAUGUACUUGAAAACCAGCACAUUGGUUUCGUUAGACUUGACGGGCGAACGAACGUCGAGGAUCGCCAGUCCAUUCUCGAUGCUUUCUAUGAAAGAACAGAGAUUCCGGUAUUCCUCCUGUCCACAAAGGCUGGAGGCGCUGGUAUCAACUUGGCUUGUGCCAACAAAGUUGUCAUCUUCGACUCCAGCUUCAACCCCCAAGAAGACGUGCAAGCUGAGAAUCGCGCCCAUCGUGUGGGUCAAACGCGUGAUGUGGAAGUCAUCAGACUUGUUACCAAGGACACCAUUGAAGAGCAGAUCUACGCACUGGGACAGACGAAGCUAGCCCUCGACCAAGCUGUAGCAGGAGAAGAUGCGGCCGAAUCAAAGAAGAGCGAAGAAGCGGGCAUGAAAGCGGUAGAAGACAUGCUCAUAGCCGGUUCAAGUGAAGAGAAAAAGAAUUCCUCAUGACACCAAGUAUUUAAAGGUCUAUAGACUUGAACAUCAAUCUUUUUACAAAAACCUCAAACGUAUCCGAGCACGCUUUGACUCGCACAACAACCCUUUCCAGAGACUCAGGGCAGGGUCCGCACUUUUUACACUUUGUUUUUUCUUUUGAUUCCAUAUUUCUGAGGUCGAUUGUACUUUUCCUCACUGAAUUUAUGAUUGCAUCGCCGUUUGUAUUAGCGAUAUUGUCUAACACGUUGUCAAGAGAUACAUCAUUCCGCUUUUUAAGCGAAUAUGACCAUGAUAACUUGUGCUUAGCGCGGUUCGCACUUAAUAUCUUGGUUGCACCUUAUCUUGCUUGGACAUUUUCAUCGUGUCAUCAUUGAGUUAGCAACUUCUUGAGGGCUGCGUUGUCUAUUUUUCCUUUUUUUUUCUUGUUACCAUCAUCGAUACUUUUUGCUUAUAGACACGGAGUAGGAACUGGUUAUUAGAGAUUAGCAUAUCAUGAGAACUAAUAGAUCAAAG